CAUCGUCUUCCUUGCUUUGUCCGAACGAUUCCUUUGCGCAUCCGAGAAAAGACGGGAAAUUUUCCAUUUCCAUGGCCACAGCAGCAACUGUCCCUCUGACAAGCGCGCGUCUUCUCCGUCUGCGUCGCAAACCGUCACCGCCCGCCGCGGCUUGGUCAUCAUCCCUCUCCUCCCUCGCUCCGUUCAAGAUGGGUUUGCUCCAGAGCAGAAGCUCCGCGGCGGUGCCGCCAGGGAAGCUCACUGUCAGGGCCGCGAGAGCCGAGUCGGAGCGAGCCUCCCUCGGCUUCAGGGCUCCGCAGUUCCAGCUUCUCGAGCCACUCACUGGGAGGAUGUGGAGCCUUGAAGAUUUCGAGUCUUACCCUGCUCUGCUGGUUAUGUUUACAUGCAACCACUGCCCGUUUGUUAAACACUUGAAGAAAGAUAUUGUAAAGCUCACAAAUUUCUACAUGAAGAAAGGACUGGCAGCUGUUGCGAUAUCUUCAAACUCUGUGAUGACUCACCCACAGGAUGGGCCUGAGUUUAUGGCAGAAGAAGCUAAAGCAUUCAAUUAUCCCUUUCCUUAUCUAUAUGAUGAGAGCCAGGAUGUAGCACGUGAUUUUGGAGCUGUUUGCACACCAGAGUUCUAUUUAUUCAAAAAGGGUGGUCGGAGGCCAUUUGAACUAGUAUACCAUGGCCAGUUUGAUGACUCUCGACCAAGUAAUAAUGUGCCUGUUACUGGAAGGGAUUUAAGCCUGGCCAUAGAUUGCGUUCUCAGUGGACAACCUGUAUCAUCGACACAAAAACCUAGUGUUGGAUGUAGCAUAAAGUGGCAUCCAGAGGUGAAAGUGUAACCCACACUUGUUUAGUUCCGCUCAAGUUAUUGUAGUGGACUGUGAAGUUACCAUUCCUGUUCCUUAAGGUUCUUUGAGAAAUUGAAAACGAAACAUGAAGUUUGAGGUUGUACAGUGUUGGCAUUUAUAUUUGGGCUCAUGUGUAUUCUGUAACUUGCCUUGUAUCGUCUCUGUACAGAUAGUAUAGAAGCUGUUAAGAGUGAAUUGUCACUAUGUAUGGUUCUUAGUUCUCAGCAAUAAAUUGCUUGAAUGUCAUUGGUCACAAUAA